AUGGCUGGCCUAGCCCCAUCCCUCGCCCUGAGCCUAACGGCACCGUCAACUACACAUGCUAGCGCUGCAGCCGCUUCUGCCCUCACAUCCUUCCCUCCAGCUCCCUCAACCAUGGCGGGGUGGAUCGGCUGGGUGUUUACCCUUGUCUUUCACACUAUUCCAAGCCUGUUGUAUUGGAUCAUCACCUUUGCGACUAUCACGCUACCCACAUGGCUGUUCACGCUGUUCUCCAUGAGCUUGACGUUCACCAUGAAUUUCACCACCAUAUUGUUGAUAGUGCUCGUACUGGUAUCGACCGUUGCCUGGUUCAUACGAUAUCGCUUCCUCAACAUAUACAGUCGCUUGCCCCCGGAACCACAACGCAAGGAAGCGCAGAUCGAUCUCUUCCCCGACAUCCAGGAAGGUGACUCCAAGCCGGGACUGGCCAAUUACCUCGAUGAAUUCCUGAGCGCCAUCAAAGUCUUUGGCUACCUCGAGCGUCCUGUGUUCCACGAAUUGACGCGGACAAUGCAGACGAGGAAGUUGAUCGCGGGGGAAACUCUUAUGCUGGAGGAGGAAAAGGGCUUCUGCUUGGUGGUCGAUGGACUUGUUCAAAUCUUUGUGAAAUCGAUUCGCGACGGAAAGGCAGGCUCGCGGGAGAAUUUGAACAUGGAGGAUGCAUCCUCAGGCGAGGAGGAAAAUCAUUUGCAUGGCCGACAAGGCUACCAGCUCUUGACCGAAGUCAAGAAUGGCGCCUCAAUGUCGUCUCUGUUUUCCAUUCUCCAGCUGUUCACUGAAGACAUAGAGCUUCGCAAUUCGGAAAGCCAUAACUCCACUGCAUCGACACCCGUGCGAGGGCAGACACCAGUCCCUGAUGCCUUCCCCAUGAGUCCGAGCUCUGGUGUCAUCAAUAGCCCCAAUUCUACUAUCAGGGAUGCCGGGGAUUUGAAUACCCCAGCCCGCUCAGACGAGUCAUUACCACCUGUUCCCCCGCUGAAUAUAGGCGAAAGCCAUGCCCUGCCUGGCCGCCAUACUCGCACUCAAACCCCGCAGCAAGAGGGCAGUGAACACGCCCACGCCAAAAAGAAACGUCGCAAGUCGGUGCACCCUGACAUUGUGGCUCGGGCCACCGUAGACACAACAAUCGCUAUCAUCCCAGCGAGCGCAUUCCGCCGUCUUACCCGGGUUUACCCUCGGGCAACAGCGCACAUCGUCCAAGUGAUUCUUACCCGUCUCCAACGCGUCACAUUUGCUACGGCCCAUUCGUACCUAGGCCUCACCACUGAGGUGCUAGGCAUCGAGCGGCAAAUGUCUAAAUUCACGUCCUGGGAUCUGCCCAACAACCUUCGAGGGAGCGCCUUAGACCGAUUGAAGGACAAGUUCACGCGAGAACGUGACCGCCUGGGACCGGAAGAAGUUGGGAAAGGUAUUGCCCUGCACAAUCCCUAUGUCGGUCGUCGGCGGCGAUCGAGUAGUACAUUACGGAAAGAGGCAGUUUUGCAUGCAAAGGUCUCCAAUGAUCGUUCCUUGGCUCCAUUAACUCCACACAGAGCGCCCCCAUCUUACGCGGACAGGGAUCAAGCUGGUGUCAGCCCCGGCGAUCUUUUGUCGACGAUACAGCUUUCUAGGUUCGGGCCGCGGUAUGAUCAAUUGGCGCCGCGCAUCCAGACUCCUCUCACCGAAAGAGAGCAGCCUCAAUUCCUGCCUGCUACAAUGAAUGGCCGACCUACUUCAACCUUUCAGCGAAAGGAGUCUGUUGAUGAGGAUGCCCUGUUUCGCGAGUCGAUUCUUGACUGUAUCAUGAAGGGAAUAGGACUCGACGAGAGUUCCCGCGAUCCUUUGCGCAAGGGCAGUCUCUCCGGCGAUGUAUCGCCCAGACUGCUCUCUUUCGAUAAUCGUCGCCAGAAGGCAGUCUUUUCAAACGCAUUUGGCUUCAUGGAUCCAUAUGAAGGGUCUGGCGAUGGUGAAUCGGAUUCUAUGAAAUCACUGUCGGUAACAAGCGCAGGCGGAACUUCACCCAUGGUCAAUCUAAGAGAAGAGCUGCGCCAUGACAUCGAGGUGGUCUACUUCCCGCAAGGCUCGGUGCUCGUGGAACAGGGUGAGCGUCAUCCUGGUCUUUAUUAUGUUAUCGAUGGAUUCCUGGAUGUUGGAAUUCCAACCGAUGAAAAAGAUGAUACACUCAUUGGGUCUUCCCAUGGGUCCACUUCCCAAGCACAGGAAGACUUGUUCCCGAAAUUGAGACGCACAACAACAGCAUCGUCACGCGCCUCAGGUUCCACGGGCGGUACUGAUUCUCGACGAAAGACGCAAUCUCGCAAAUCCCUCUAUUUGAUCAAGCCUGGUGGUAUCCAAGGGUAUGUAGGUGCACUUGCCUCAUAUCGCUCGUACACCGAUGUCGUGGCCAAGACAGAUGUCUAUGUUGGAUUCCUUCCUCGGGCCUCUCUGGAGAGAAUUUCGGACAGACACCCAGCGGCUCUACUGACAUUGGCAAAGCGCCUAACGAGACUUCUUCCACGGCUAUUGCUUCACAUAGACUUCGCACUUGAGUGGGUUCAAGUUAGCGCGGGCCAAGUGAUCUAUCACCAAGGCGAUGAAAGUGAUGCUAUUUAUCUUGUCCUGAAUGGUCGCUUGCGGUCUGUCCUUGAAGGAUCAAACGGUAAGAUGACUGUCAUUGGCGAGCACGGUCAGGGCGAGAGUGUUGGCGAACUCGAAGUCAUGACCGAGUCCACGAGACCAUCCACAUUGCAUGCGAUCAGAGAAACAGAACUAGCCAAGUUCCCACGGUCACUUUUCAACAGCCUCGCACAGGAACACCCUGGUAUCACAAUUCAAGUUUCAAAACUUAUUGCCCAGCGCAUGCGUGACUUGGUCGAACACCCGCUAUCCGAGAAGGGCAUUGAGCAAGGAAGCACUGCUGGUGUUCAAACUGCAACCUCAACUGUUAAUCUUCGCACUGUGGCAAUCCUUCCAGUCAUGGCAGGUGUCCCUGUUGUGGAAUUCGGAAAUAGGCUUCUACACGCGUUGCACCAAGUAGGUGUGACCAGAGGUGUCACGUCGCUCAAUCAAGCGGCAAUUUUGAACCACUUGGGUCGCCACGCAUUCAGCAAGAUGGGAAAACUCAAGCUCUCGCAGUAUCUGGCCGAUCUAGAAGAGAAGUAUGGAAUGGUCUUGUACAUCGCCGAUACCAAUGUCAAUGCACCCUGGACUCAGACUUGCAUCGCGCAGGCCGACUCCAUUUUGUUGGUAGGACUCGCCGAGUCUUCGCCCAGAAUCGGUGAAUAUGAGAGGUUCCUGCUCGGGAUGAAGACCACAGCUCGCAAAGAGCUGGUUCUCUUGCACGCUGAGCGGUAUUGUUCACCUGGGCUUACCCGUGAAUGGCUCAAGAACCGUGUUUGGAUCAAUGGCGGUCACCACCAUAUCCAAAUGGCCUUCCGCUCAACCAACGAACCUGCAAAUCCACCUAGCAAGAAGUUUGGAACUGUCCUCAAGCAACGAGUCCAAAUUUUACAGGCUGAGAUCCAGAAGUAUACAUCGCGGCGGGCUCAACAAACCCCGCUUUAUUCAUCACAAACUGCGUUCAAAGGCGAUUUCCACCGACUGGCACGGCGUCUGUGCGGCAAGUCUGUGGGCCUUGUAUUGGGUGGAGGAGGAGCGCGGGGUAUCGCGCAGGUCGGUGUCAUCAAAGCACUCGAAGAAGCCGGAAUCCCGAUUGAUAUUAUUGGUGGCACAUCGAUCGGCUCUUUCAUUGGGGCUCUGUAUGCGCGUGACGCCGAUGUUGUCCCUAUGUACGGAAGAGCCAAGAAAUUCUCUGGGCGCAUGGGCAGCAUGUGGCGAUUCGCACUGGAUUUGACCUAUCCGACGGUCUCCUACACGACGGGCCAUGAGUUCAACCGCGGCAUCUUCAAAACCUUCGGCGACAGCCAAAUUGAAGACUUCUGGCUUGAGUUCUAUUGUAACACCACCAACAUUAGUCGAUCUCGAAUUGAGUAUCACUCCUCCGGCUAUGUUUGGCGUUACGUUCGAGCAUCAAUGUCUCUGGCAGGUCUUAUCCCUCCGAUUUGUGACGAGGGCAGCAUGCUGCUGGACGGUGGCUACAUCGACAACUUGACCGUGGCACAUAUGAAAAGCCUUGGAGCGGAUGUGAUCUUCGCCGUUGAUGUCGGUUCCAUUGACGAUACGACACCGCAAGGAUUUGGUGAUUCCCUCUCGGGCUUCUGGUCAGUAUUGAACCGGUGGAACCCGUUUUCCUCCCUCCCAAACCCCCCGACUCUAUCCGAAAUUCAAGCAAGGCUGGCGUAUGUCUCAUCAAUCGACAAUCUCGAGCGUGCCAAAAACACACCGGGUUGCCUCUACAUGCGACCACCUAUCGAUCCGUACGGAACUCUGGAUUUCGGCAAAUUCGACGAGAUUUAUCAGGUUGGCUAUGUCUACGGUCAAGAAGUCCUCGAACGUUUACGUAACGAAGGCUCAUUGCCAAUCCCAGAAGAGACAGAGGAAAAGCGCAAGCUGCAGCGCACAAUGGCUCCCCGAAGAGCCAGUAUCUGA